UCAGUUGUCCUGCUUCACUUCUCCAGACACUUGGCGGUGUUCUUUUUGCUCACAAGUGUGCUUCUUGACUGACUCUUUUGGAUUGCUGCAUUUUUAUCCUGUCGUGGUUGAGCUGAACUGAAGUAGACAGCCCGGACCAGGUACUUCCUAAUCUGGAAAUCCUGAAGGAUGGGGACUCGCGCUUCGCCCAAGAAGCUGUGCUUCGUCACUAUCGGCGCUACUGCUGACUUUGACGCGCUGCUGCACAAAGUCUUAGAGGACUCUUUUCUGGUCCAGCUGGAAAGGUUCGAUUACACCAACCUGCUUAUCCAGUAUGGUAAAGGAGGACGUCCCAUCCUUGACAAGUUUCUCCAAGACCAUCCUCCUCGGAGCUCUGGACGCCAUGGCCUGGAGAUCAACGGUUUUGAUUUCAAGAAGGAGGGUCUCGAAAAAAUCAUCCAUCUGACCAAGCCGAAUGAAGAAGAAGGUCGUGAGGAAGGAAUGAUCCUCAGUCAUGCAGGCACUGGCACUAUUUUGGAAGCAAUUCGUAUUUCUGUUCCCAUUGUAGUUGUGCCCAAUCCUAGUCUUCAGGACAAUCACCAGGAAGAGCUGGCUCAACAGCUCCAGAAAAAUGGAUACGUUGCUGCUUGUCAUUUGCAGGAUGUUGACGAUGCUGUUCAGAGGGCGGAGGAUCUCCGCUACUAUUUGCAUAACUGGCCGCGCAGCGCGAAGGAGGCAAGAACCAAAAACGCACUGGCGGAGGUAAUGGCUGACGAGAUGGGUUUUGUUGAUUGAAGGGUUUCUAUCCACGUCCCCCUGUUACUUACCCUUCCCGUGGAGGUGGCUACACGGUGAACAU